GGAGUUUCAUCUUGAAGAGACUAUAAGAGAAAAUUUGGAAAGAAAUCAGAAUUAUACGAAUUUAAUUAUUGAGAGAAAUCAUUUAAGAGCGAGGGUAGAAAAUUUAGAAGAAAUGAUAAGAUUUGAAUCGCAGCAUGGAAGGGUAUUGGGAAGAAAG